CCACCCCUCCUCGGCCAGCACGCCCCGUCCGGGCCCCGCUGCGCUCACUGGCCCGGCAUCAUGUCCCGCUCGGAGGAGGUCAACCGGCUGACGGAGAACGUCUAUCGGGUGAUUCUGGAAUCAGCCCAACCCCUACAGUCUUAAGGAAUUUUGUUACCAUGGGGAAGAACUAUCAGAAAGCCCUCUCAGGAGUGACGGUGGCAGCCAAAGGCUAUUUUGAUGCCUUGGUGAAACUCGGUGAGUUGGCCAGCGAUAGCCAAGGCUCCAAGGAACUGGGUGACACGUUAUUCCAAAUGGCUGAAGUUCAUCGGCAGGUCCAAGUACAGCUGGAGGAGACGCUGAAGCUUUUCCAGUCAGAGCUCCUGUCCCAGUUGGAACACAAAUUAGAACUGGAUAUCAAGUAUCUGACGGCUACCCUGAAGAAAUACCAAGGAGAGCAUCGUUCCAAAGCAGAGUCCAUUGAGAAGUGCCAGACGGAGCUGAAGAAACUGCGCAAGAAAUGCCAGAGCAGCAAAAACCCGCAGAAGUACGGGGACCGUGAGGUGCAGUAUGUGGAGAUCAUGAGCACGAAGCAGAGCGAGCUGGACCGGUUUGUGGCGGAAGGAUACAAGGCAGCUUUGACUGAGGAGAGGCGCCGGUACUCGUUUCUGGUGGACCGCCAGUGUGCAGUAUCCAAGCACUUCAGCACCUAUCACACAAAGGUGCGGGAGCUAUUAGCAGCCAAGCUGCCUAUCUGGCAGGCAUCGUGUACCCAACCUACCCGCCUCCCUGAACGCGCCCUGGCCUUGGUCAAGCUCACAGCCAACCAUCUCCCUGGGGGGACACCUGUCCCAGCUGCUGACCCCCUUCCCACUUCUAAGGUCCUGGAAGAAUUGUUAGAGCAUGGACCAAACCAUCAUGCUUCAGUCCAAGAGGUGGCGCCACUCCCUAAUGGUGAUUCGCAUCGUGGGAAGGGAAUGAGAGACCUAAGUCACCCUCCGGUCAGCGAGCCCAUCACCAUCACCUUAGGACUUCCGCCCACCCAAACCACUCAAACCCCGCCACAGACCAAGACUGCUGACAGCUAUGCCUGCACCCUUCCAAUGCCACGCAAGAUGUCCACCGAGACCCGUCUUGCAACGCUGGUGGAGAACAAAACCCUGCCUCGUAUCAGUCCGCUGUCCAUCCUGCCUGCACGUAUCGAGCGACGGAGGGUCCAGGCGAUAUUCUCCCAUGCAGCGGGCGAGAACAGCACGCUACUAAACUUCCAAGAGGGAGACGUCAUCCUCCUGCUGGUGACCGAGGCACGGGAUGGCUGGCAUUACGGGGAAAACGAGACGACCAAAAUGAAAGGCUGGUUCCCUUACUCCUACACCCGGCCCUUCCCCGCAGCUGAAGUGAUUGACAAGUCACUCAUCAGCUUCCCGCUUAGCAAAAUGAACAGUAACAGCACAGGAAAUCUGGACCGAAGCGGCUCUCCUCCUGCGGGCCCUGAGGGAGGGGAUGGGCCGCGCUACGGGCCUUCUCCACGUGUCACUACAUCCCGCCAACGUCCGUACAGCAUGCUCAACCCCGACCUGUCACAGUUAGCCAGUGAGUUUGGGAGUCCAAAUUCCUCUCCUUCGAGGAUCAACCCUUUCGCUCACAUCAAGCUGAAACGCACCGUGACGAAUGACCGCUCAGCCCCACUCAUCCAGUGAGAGGCGUCAGGAUCGGUGGGGCCAGACUCCCACCUUCUGGACAGUCUCCCCUAACCAAACACCUCUGGCUUCACCACCCCCUCUAGUGCCUAACAAGAGUAUUGCAACAGCUGGGGCUGGGACCAAGCGUCGUCAUGCAAUGUCAGCAGAAGGAGAGGAAACGGGACAGAAACGAGAACUAGAGUGCGGAGAAUUACAGAUGGAGAGACAGAGGCCGAGGAAAAAAUGGAGGAAGGAAGAUUGGAGGUGUGAGAGAAAGAAGAAGGAAAAGGGGGGGUCGAUAGGAGGACUUGCUGAUCGAGUUGUAAAAUGUCUGCCCGGAAGUCACUCCUCUUGAAGCACCCGCUGGUUUGAACAUCUCUGGAUUGGAGCCCUGGAGUUUAGAGUCAGGCCUGGCCCUCACAUGCAGUGGACUGAGGUGGUAGAGUCACUCAGGGGGUAAUGCUGGACUGUACCACUUCGGACUGCAAAUGGGAAAAUCGCCUUUUUGAGUGUUUUACGAUGCUUUAACAAUCUCUCUCUCUGCAAGAAGAAAGCGAGCACACGAGGGAUGGGAUUGGAUUGGAUCCCACAGUGUUGGUUUUUUCACUUACUAGAAUUUUCAGUUUAUUGAUUAUGCCUUUAUCCGGCCCAUACACCAAGGAGCUCAGAGUAAUAUGCAUAGGUUCCCCAAUACAAUUCUUACUCUGUGAUGGGGGAAAAAAAGAGUGAAUGGCUCAAGGUAACACAGCAAGCCUCAUGACAGCGUGGAGUGCACCAGGGCUUUCUUGUCAAUAUCCUACUUGAACUGCGGUGCCCGGAAUAUUGUGUACAGUUCUGGGCACCCCAAUUCAUAGAACGAUAUUGACAAGCUGGAACGGGUCCAGAGGAGAGCAACCAAAAUGGUGAAAG